AUGCCGCAGUACCAAACCUGGGAGGAGUUCAGCCGCGCAGCAGAGAAGCUCUACCUCGCUGACACCAUGAAGGUCCGUGUGGUUCUCAAAUACUGGCAUACUGAUGGGAGUCGGUGUAUUAAAGUAACAGAUGAUUUAGUUUGUUUGGUGUAUAGAACAGACCAAGCUCAAGAUGUAAAGAAGAUUGAGAAAUUCCACAGUCAGCUAAUGCGACUUAUGGUCACCAAGGAAUCCUGCAGUGUUGCCAUGGAAACAGACUGGUUCAAACAGAAGACUGUCAUGUUUAAGAAGUAA